GUGGUAUGCAGUGUGUUGGCAAUCUUAAAGGACGUAUUUCGAAGCUGAAAUGGAAAUGGGAUGCCAAGUUUCGAUGCGAUGGUAGAGCACCAGGUAUCGAAGGACGUGAUACAAAGCUGAGCCGAAAUGGAGCCAUGGAAUGGGCUAUACAAGACUUUCUUACCAAGGCAUUUUCAUCAGGCAGUAUUUCUGCUCAAGAUUUUCAAUGUUAA